AUGCUUUUUACUUUUUGUCUAACUUUAUGUAGUUUUUUUAUCAUUAUAUUACAAUGUUCUGGAAGCAAAUCUUCUAAUAGCAAAUCAGAUUUUUUCAAAGAACAAUUCUCAAGUGAUAGCGAAAGAAAAAAAAGUAAAAGUGAUCAAAAUCACAAGAAUCAUAAGAAAAAGUCUGAUAAAGAUAAUUCAGGAGAUGGAAAAAAAUAUCAUACCAAACGACAAAUAAAGGAACCUCCUAAAAAAAAUAAAACAAGUAGCAUUAAAUUAUUUACUACAGAAGGAUUUGAAUAUAGAAAUUUAAGAACACAACAACAAAGAGAUUUAAUGAAUAAAAAUGAAAAAAGUAAUUAUAAUGUUCCAUCAAUAGGAAAAUUAAUAGAUACAAUGAAUAUGUUAAAUGAAGAUGAGCAAAAAGAAAUAAUUGAUUUGAAAAAACAAAAAUCAUUUCCCUCAAUAUGUGAUGUUAUUUCAAGUGAUGGUACAAAUAAUUCAAAAAAAAGUCGUACAAAAAAAGGAACAUCAGGUAAAAAAAGAAAAAAACUAUCUAGUAAAAAGAAAAGUAAAACAGAUGAUGUAAAUAAUUUAUUAGUUAAUGAACGCGUUGAUAAACGAAAAAAAAAUAAUUCUAGUGAAUAUCUUGCAUUAGCAAAGACACAAGCAAAUGAUGAUUCACCAAAUAAAAAAGAAUUAAAUAAGAUUAAAAGCAAUAGGUAUGACAAUAAUAUUGAAUCUCCUUCACGAAUCGCAAAUGCCGAAAUGAAAGAACAUAAAGAAAAGACCAAAGAAACUGAACCUGCAAAAACAAUAACUAUCCCCUGUACUCUGGAUAAGACAAAUAAUUCAUCGAUAAAUACGCAAGAUGAACAUUGA